UACCACAAGCUCGCGCGCCACUUCGGCGCGGCCUUCGCCGACGCGUUCGACGACGCGACGCGGCGGGUCAUCGUGCUCGAGGAGGAUCUCGAGGUCGCGCCCGACUUCUUCGACUUCUUCGCGGCCGUCGCGCCCGCGCUCGACGGCGACGCGACGCUGCUGGCCGCGUCCGCGUGGAACGACAACGGCGUCAGGGGCCGCGUCGACGUCGCGCUGGACGCGUCGGCCGUCGUGCGGUCCGACUUCUUCGGGGGCCUCGGCUGGAUGAUCACGGCCGACGUCUGGGCCGAGCUCGCGCCGAAGUGGCCCGAGGCCUAC